CCAACGACUUGGAGGGAAGAUCCUCGAAAAGAGGAAGACGAGCUUCCAAGCUCCCCAUGCAGCAAUCUUCCGAAGCUGGCCCUCGUGGCGCUUGCUUUCAAGCUGGGAAGACGUUGGAGAGACAUCCUUGCGGGGCGCAGGCGUUGCCAUUUCCAAGAGCAGCGCUCACGUUGGAGGAUUGCCUAUCGCAAGUCUCUGCAAGGGGAACUUUCGGGCAAGCAAGCUGCAGUGGAUCGAAAACUUGUGUGGGGAGCGGGCAUUCGCGCCACAUCUUUGCGCCCUUGAGAACAGUCUUUGCAGGAUUGCCCAGUGCCCGCCCCGAUACGGGCAACCAUUCACAGCAGUCUCACUGAGAGCGCACAACUGUAGCGCACUGCGGAGUCUAUCGUAUACUUUUCAGGCUAUGUGUUGAGCUUUACCCUCUUUGAGGUCUUUUCUGCAAGAUCUCUGCCAAGAUGACAGUCCUAGCGCUCGCUCUUGACACAGCGUCCGCUUACCCUCUGAAGCAUUCAGGAGUGCGAGUGGGCCUCGCAUCGGUGGACGCGUUUCUCGACGCCCUCGUCUGGCUGCUCCCGGUUUGGACCUCCCUAGCUGCGGGUCUGGUUGUGGGUUGGAGCUGGAAACCUACCUGGGUUACUUCUAGCACCCUCUUCUCUGCUCUGCGCAGCAGGACUAGGCUAGUGUGGACGACGCCCCCUGGGUUUGGGGCAAGGAGGGUCUGGUUAGCCUUGACCGCCCUAGCAGCGUUUCCAGCCCUGAGGGCAGGAUGGAAUAAGUAUUCCAUGUGGAUGUGGCCGCGGGCGGCGCAUGAGGUGGAGGCUCAGCAGAGCGAAGCGGUUUCUCAGGCGGGGUUGGGCAGGUGGUUCCGAUGGGUGCUGCCACAAGAUGGAGGGGGUCACAGCACCCCAGCAGCGGAAGCAGAUGUUGUGAUUGACACCGCUAGUCAGAGGGCCCGCCGGGAGCAGUGUGCUGUGACCGACGAAGAUGUGGAGAAUUUCCGGCAAUUGAUUGAGGGAGAGCACUUAGGGCCAGCCUGGCAGAAGAUGAUGGAGAAGGAGGCGGGAAAAAUGACUUAUGUCGCCUGGAGGCGCGACACGGAGAACGGCCCAACACAGUACCGGAGUCGGACGGUCGUUGAGGACUGCACCCCGGAGCUGAUGCGGGACUUCUUUUGGGAUGACGAGUUCCGCAUGCAGUCCCAAUGGGAUGACAUGCUGGCUGAUGCUUCCAUUCUUGAGGAUUGCCCGCAGACAGGGACGCAGGUCGUGCGCUGGGUGCGCAGAUUCCCCUUCUUCUGCAAGCCCCGGGAGUACGUCUUCGGGCGCAGGAUAUGGGAGGCAGAGAACAGCACCUACUACUGCAUAACGAAGAGCAUUGACGACUCGCGCGUCCCAAAAAAGAAUAAGCCGCGGCGGGUGGACGAUUUCUGGUCGUCCUGGCGCAUCCGCCCCACGAUGGCCAAGGACGGGAGCAGCAUGACAGCGUGCGAGGUCAUUCUGACGCAUUGGGAGGAGAUGGGCAUUCAAAAGGACGUCGCCAAGCUGGGGAUCAAGCAGGGCAUGUGGAACGCCGUCAGAAAGAUCGAGCCCGGCGUCAGCCAGUAUGCGGGCGCGCGUGCUGCGGGGCAGCCCCUGUCGCGCGCCGCGUCGUUCGCAAACAUCACCACAAAGAUCCGGUCGGACAGUUCCCCGGAGGACAGUCCGAGGUCGGUGUUGCCCGGCACUUCCUCCGGGGGGGAGGCUUUUACUGAGGUACAACAAAAGGGGGGGAACAAGAAGCUGGGCCUGGCCUUGAUCGCCGGGGGGGCGAUGCUGGCGUUCGGAAUGCCCGUUGUGGGGCAGGUGGCGGGAGCGGGCCUGGUAAUGAAAACUGUGAAGAAGGUGCGGAACCGGGGUUAGACCCAAGUAAGAAGUUCCGAGCGGGCAAUUCGAAGGACCCCCAGGCGAGGACGUACAAUGCAAGCGGAGCGCGACAAAACGCUGUAGCACUACGCACGACAUCAUGCAGACGUUACAGGUUGAGCCGGCUUUUAAAUGGGAGCCUGGGCGAGGUGUUAGUUUUCUAGUAGGUUGAGGGUUUGGCGUCAGGACGACCGUGCACGGUGGGCAGUUUAGAUCUCCCCUGGUGGUCUUGUGGAAAGGACUGGAUUGACGCGUCAUUUGAGUACUGAUUGUAAACUAGGUUGAGGCUUAUGGUUGAAAGCGGCAGCGCUUCUUGUGACUCCUGCAAUAAGGGUAGUCAAUGGCAUCGUACAGAGAAAGCCGCACAUUUAGGCAGGACUCGGAGUUUCACGCUUAACAGCUCCUGGAGUCGCCAGUUGUUCUAUCGGGGGUUACGAAAGUAGUUGAAUCGCACCUGCCUCCCUCAGUGAGUUGAUUGAUUAAGGUCAGCAGGUUUUGGAGUCUAGCAUUCAUUCAGUUGCUGAUCAUGCAGAAGUGAAGACAAGUUGGAACCAGGGUUGUUGUAACAAGAUUUUGUCUAGCUGCCGUCAAAUUGAGGUUGUUGAGAGGUCUUUGUUGAAGCCUUGCACUGUCAAUGUCUGGAACACAAGCGACACUUCUCGAUUGUUGUGGAUUGGCUUCUGAAGGUCGAUUCACGAUCUUUCAGUUUGGAGCGUAUUGCCAGUGGUGCGC